AUGACAGGAAUCUUUACAUAUCGGAACUUCUCCCUGGAAAACACACCGGCGUUGAAUGGACGGGUGGCUGUAGUGACAGGUGGUCAAGCAGGCAUUGGCAAAGAGAUCACCACCCAGCUUCUCUUGCAUGGCAUAGAGAAAGUAAUCAUCAUUGCCAGAAGUGAAGACAGAUACAUCACUGCUCGCGAGGAAUGGAGACAACAGAAAGGCAUCUCACUGGAUAAUGACGCUCGAUCUGAGUUUGUCAAAUGCGAUCUGGGGAAUAUUCAGGAUGUCAAGGCCGCAGCUGAGAAGAUAAAACAAGUCACAGACCGGGUUCAUAUACUGGUUUGCAAUGCAGCCAUCAGUGUUCAAAACGAAUACAAGCGUUCGCCUCAGAAUAUCGAGCGUGUAUUCGCGACAAACUGCGUGGGCCACCAAGUCCUAACCAUGUCACUCCUACCUCUGUUGAAGAAUGGCGUGACGCCUGAUAACGACGUACGAAUUGUUGUGGCCAGCUCAUCGUUCCAUUUUUGGUGCCAACAUCUCGAUCUGGAUCUUCUGUUCUCAUCGUCACGCGUCAAGUGGCCUUCCUUGUACGAUGGAGUAUGGCGGUAUGGCCGGUCAAAGCUGGGUAACAUCCUCUUUGCCAAAGAGCUCAGUCGGCGGCUUCUGGAAGAUCAAGAUCCAGCGAGCAAGCAGAUCUAUGUCAAUUCGUUCUUCCCAGGCAACAUCGUUACUGAUCAAUGGCUCGGGUGGGAUUCUUAUUUUGGGAGAUUCCUAGGUUGGCUGAUAAGAACGGCAGGAUCGUGGUUGGGUCAGAGUUUGGAGGAUGGUGCUGCUACGGCUUUAUAUCUUGCUGCUAGCCAUGAGGUGCGAGAGCAGAAUCAUCGUGGUCAGUAUUUUAUACCUAUUGCUACGCUGUGCGAGCCCAGCGCGAUAUCUAGAGAUAUGAAGCUUGCCCAAGAUAUGUGGGAUUGGAUUGAUGCCCAAGCUACAGAGACACUGGGAUUGGAUUGGCAAUGUCAAUAG